UGAUGACUGGCGCGCUCAUAAUACGUGGAACUUGCAACAUGGCCACAUUUUUAUUCCCGAUCGAAACGCCGAACGGACAUGGCGGAUUCAGACUCUGAUGAUACCACUUGCCCCUCAAACAUCGAGAAAAACAACAACAUGGCCGGCACAGAGAACAUCUACCGGUUCGGCGUGCGGAUCUUCUUCCUGUGUGUGAUGUGGUACACCAGCAGCUUGCUUCAGAACGUCAUCAACAAACAUUUGUUCGGUCAGUUCCCGUACCCGACCACCGUGUCCAUGUGCCACAUGUUGGCCGUGGCUGUGCUCCUGGCGCCCGUACUCAGACUGUGGAAUGUGCCGCAGCCGGAUAUCGUAGAUAAGCGGAGUUUCUACCAGCUGAUCGUACCGCUGGCUUUCGGCAAAUUCUUCUCUUCCGUCUCGGCUGAAAUUAGUAUUUUGAAAGUAUCGAUAUCUUUCGCUCACACAGUGAAAGCCACAAUGCCCAUCUUCACAGUAUUGUUAUCAAGACUUAUAUUAAAAGAAAAACAGACAACUACAAUAUACCUAUCACUCAUUCCUAUCAUAUUCGGAGUGAUGGUAGCGACGUUAACAGAAGCCUCCUUUGACGUGUUAGGACUCACAAUGGCAGUUGUUGCCACCGUCACGUUUGCGCUACAAAACGUAUAUUCUAAAAAGGCGCUCAGGGAUAUCGGCAUUCAUCAUCUACGCCUUCUACUUAUCAUCAGUCAGCUGGCCUCUGUCAUGCUUCUACCCAUCUGGAUGGUCGUUGAUCUGAGGAGAAUACUCCGAGACAGAGAUAUGCAUCAUAAAGUCAACUGGGUCUGGACUCUGUCCCUCCUUUUAACCAGCGGGGCCUUCAACUUCCUACAGAACAUCUUUGCCUUCAGUAUUCUGCACCUCAUCUCCCCGCUCAGCUACUCCAUCGCCAACGCCACCAAGCGCAUCUUUGUCAUCAUGCUGUCACUGCUCAUGCUCCGUAACCCCGUGACCCUGAUCAAUGUCAUGGGCAUGAUGACAGCCAUCUUUGGCGUGCUGUGUUACAAUUUGGCAAAGUACCGUGACAACCUGGUCAAGCACAGGCCCUUCCUGCCCACGGUCCAGUCCGAUUUGUUGGAUGGUCGAAUCAUCGGUAAACCAGACAUGCUCAACGGUCGCCCACACUACAACGUAUGAUGUCUCCGACUGGUAUAAGAACCAAGCCCCAUAGCCAGUGUGCAAUGUAAGUUUCAGACACUCUGUGAGUUUCUGUACAGCCAUGACACAGUAAAAUAGGAAUAUAUUUAUAUAAAAAGGAUUACGUGUAAUGCUGUGUGAUGAAUUUUUGGAGUUGGGAUGGUGUUAUUCGUAUUUGACCAUUUAGCUUUCUCCACAGACUUCUGUAAGGCAUUAUUUUGUUAGAAAUACAAGCCCACCUAAAAAGGUAUAAUAUUCGGUUGAUACACGUGUAUAUCGGCCUGCGUUCGUAUUAAUGCCUGCGGCGUAGCUACGUGGGAGGUGGGGUAGAGGCGCCCCCCCCCCCCUGUAAAUUUGGCAACUGGAGAAAAGCACAUAAGCAUGAUUAGAGGGUUUAACUUUAAGUGCACAUUUUCACAAUUUUUAUUUUUUUUACACAAUCACUGUUUUUUUUUUUCGCGAUUGACUGUUCAUUCUAAUGUCCCGUGGAAAGUGAAUAGUGCCACCUUAUGUCUUACAAUGACAAUGAUUUCGGUAUUGAACAGCGAACCCAUGAAAAGAUGGUGUCCCCCCCCC